AUGGAAGGAAAGGUUCAUGCUAAUAUGACUCUACGUGAGAAUUUUACCUACAUAAACUAUGAACUCAAUCGAGCUCUUGCGGCUGACUAUUUGUUUGUGACCGUCUUAAUUACGGUUCUGUUGAUCAGUGGAGUUUUUGGCAAUCUUCUGGUAAUCAAGGUCUAUUACUUUAACAUCAGGGUGGAUCCACUGAGUGGUAGGGCCUUUCUCCCUGCCUUAGCCGUCAUGGAUUUACUGGCCUGUGUGGCUGGUUCCACCAUCUACAUGGUACAAAACUUGCAGCCAGCCUCGUUUUCGGGGGACGCUCUCUGUAAGUUUUACUACGUACUGGCUUACAGUUGCACCAUGGGAGCGUCGAUUAUGCUGGUAAUCAUCUCCGUAUAUCGUCACCGUAAAGUAUGUACACCUUUCAAAAAACAAUUUCCAGUUUUGUUGGUCAAAUUAUCACCAUUCAUCGCUGGAGUUACUGGCCUGAUCAUGACCCUUCCCAUGAUUCCCGUGGUUGGAGAAUUCCAGUACUUGCAUAAAUUCUACAAACAACACGGUCAAAAAUGCACCGUAUUAUACAACACAACCCUGAAGGUCUACUUUUGGAUUUACUUUGUCGUGAUCGCUUCUGUGUUUUUCGGUACGUGUGUGGUGAUAAGCUUCAUAAGUUUUCGUAUCCACAGAAUCAUCAAGAAACAAAUCCAAUUCCGGAAGUCAAGCAUGGCAAGAUCCGACACCAGUUUUUCUCCCAACCCUCAGCCGUCUGGAGCAGAAGAAUCGGAGUCAGAACAACAAAGCAGCAGCCGAAGUCGUGGAAGCCGGAAGUCUCUUGCGCACGGAAGUCUGAACGGAACGCUCAAGCAGGCGGUUAAGCCGAGGCACAAGCGGGAGAAACGGGAGUACGCCGUCAUGUUUCUGCUCAUAUCCAUCGUGUACGUGGUCACGUGGUUACCGACGCUGGUGGUCAAUGGGGUGAAGGUUUUAAGUCAUGGGAUAGAGGAACACUCCGCUCCCCCCGUUUACAUCACCCUCAGGUUCCUCAACAGCUUGUUCACGCUCAAUAACGUGGCCAAUCCGUUCAUCUAUUUCAAAUUCGACCGUGAGUUUCGAAAACACUUUUUGUCUUUCCGUUGUAAGAGAUGA